AUGCAGGCGUUAGAGCAGGUGUGGCCGAAGCAAGAUUUGGCUGGUCUACCGGGCAUGAGCCAUGAGCACGGGAUGAGACGGAAGAAGGCAGAGAUGGAUGAUGGCGGAGUGUCAGCGUGGUUGGCGGAAGCAAUCCGGGGACGCAGAGCGGCUCCUCUAAUAGAAAUAUCUUCAGAAAGUACGCCACCCAUCACUCCUGGUCAUUCCAUUCGCCUACCAGGAAAAGGAGUGGGAACAUGGAAGGAAAUUAGCUUAUCACGACCACGAGGAAACAAUGCGAGGUACAGUGAUCCUGAUAGAAGUUCAAGCAAUACUUUCAAAGCAAGCAACAUGUGGAUUACAACUUUAUUAGUUGCUUGGACGAGUUUGUCAGGAAUUAUGAACAUAAUCACUCCUUCCCGAUAAUAAUUUUCACACAUGUAAUUAAUAUACCGUAACUUGGAACAUAUUUUUGAUUUCUGUUAAUUGAAAUCAUACUAGUCUGUGUUAGUUCCAAUUACUGAUAACCUGUGUAAAACACCUAUGUAUGGUUUAUUUCAUUUGUUUAAAAAGUUUUAUUACAUGCAAUAGAUACAGAUGAAUAUAAGAACAUAAAAUUGUCAUCCUUUUAUAAGGGAUAAAAAUGACUAGAAAUAACUUGAAAAGAAAGUGAGACCUUGUAUAUUUUAUUUGGUGUUCAACCUGGUUAAUAAAUCACAGUAUUAAUAUUGGUGGAGUAUUAAUGCAUCUCAGGUGUACUAUAUCAGAGACAUAGUUAAUUGUUGAUUUUUGUGAAAUAUAAAUUUUAUUAAGAAGUUAUUCCUUACCAAGUGAAUACAGCCCAAGAAUAAAAUGUAAAUAUUCAAGAAUAAAACAGUUUCAAUUUUUUUUGUAUGCCUGUAUGUUUUGAUUGUUUUGAACCAAAUGUAAAUUUCUUUUAACAAGAAAUGAAAAAAAUCAAAAUUGGUGAUAACAGCAACAUAUUUUCUGUUUUCACAAAUAUUUGAUGUUUCUAACUCUUUAUUUAUCAUCAUACUUUAUACAAUAUCAUAAUAAUUUAAAUUGUUAAAUCAAUUCAUUCUGAUCAAUUUUCUCUUUCAUAUCAAAAUCAUUCAAAACUUAUCAAAAAUCUUGCAUAUUUUAUAUUUUUAAAAUGUAUUAAUUCAUUGUAUUUAUAUCACAUUCUAAUUUUUGUUUUAAAUGUUUUAAUUUUAUGCACUUGAUGUAAAUGUAAUAUAAUUCAAAUAAACUUACUAGUAAUAUA